GUUUUUUUUUUUUUUUUUUUUCUUCUUUUCCGAACCGAACAAUCGAGUCUGACUGUUCAACUGGUUAAUUGGAUCUCUUAAUAUAUGCGCAUUCGCAUUUCGUUUAUUCUUCUGAAUGAUACAAACAGACAUUCUUCUUAACUAACCUCUAGUUCGUGUUGUUUUUCUGAUUCUUUGAAAAAGAAAUCAUCUUUGAUCUGAGCAGAGAUUUUCCGAUUGCAUUCGUCUCUAGAAAAGUGGGUAACUUUUUGUUUCCCGUCUGGCCUUGGGGAGAUUCGGAAUCGGAACAAAAAAAACUGGCGAGACUACAAGGGAUCGUGAAAUAUCUGAAGCUAAUAGGAGGCAGAAGAGGCAAUAUGGGGAACAACGGCCCAAUGAUACCAAUUCUGGGCUUCCUUACAUGUGCCGCCUUUAUCUAUCUCUCCUUAGGAGAUUUGUGGUUCCGUUUCAGAGGAGGGGAGCCCGAGCUAGGGUUCGUGAGUCGGAACGGCACGCAGUUCGUGUUGGAUGGCAAGCCUCUGUAUGUGAAUGGGUGGAACUCCUACUGGUUCAUGGACCACGCCGUCAAUGAUCAUAGCAGGCACCGUGUGGGUGCAAUGCUCGAAGCUGGAUCCAAAAUGGGCCUCACUGUGUGUCGAACCUGGGCUUUCAAUGAUGGAGGCUACAACGCUCUCCAGAUCUCUCCUGGCCGAUUCGACGAACGCGUCUUCAAGGCCUUGGAUCAUGUAAUCGCAGAGGCAAAAACACAUGGUGUUAGGUUGCUUCUUAGCUUAGUCAAUAACCUCCAAGCCUACGGAGGCAAGACUCAGUACGUCAACUGGGCAUGGCAAGAAGGUGUUGGCCUCAGCUCCUCCAACGAUUCUUUCUUCUUUGACCCAUCUAUCCGCAGAUACUUCAAGAAUUAUCUCACUGUGCUGCUGACCCGCAAAAACUCGAUAACAGGGAUAGAGUACAGAAACGACCCUACAAUAUUUGCGUGGGAGUUGAUAAACGAGCCUCGCUGCUUCACUGAUAUCUCUGGGGAUACUCUCCAAGACUGGAUUAACGAAAUGACAGCAUUCAUUAAAUCGAUUGACAAGAAGCAUCUUCUUACCGUCGGCUUGGAAGGUUUCUACGGUCCCAAGAGCCCAAAACGGCUGACGGUGAACCCAGAAAGAUGGGCCUCUGAGCUUGGGUCAGAUUUUGUUAGAAACUCUGAGUCCCCAAACAUUGAUUUUGCAUCGGUUCAUAUCUACCCUGACCACUGGUUUCACGAUCAGGGGUUUGAAGACAAAGUAAAGUUUGUGGUGAAAUGGAUGCUAUCUCACAUUGAAGACGGGGACAAGGAACUGAAGAAGCCUGUUCUCUUCACCGAGUUCGGGCUAUCGAAUCUGAACAAAGACUAUGAGCCAUCGCAGCGUGAUCGGUUCUACAGAACAAUCUUUGAUGUUGUCUACAAAUCAGCCAAGCGCAAGAGGUCAGGGGCAGGAACACUGGUGUGGCAGUUUUUGAUACAAGGCAUGGAAGGUUUCAACGAUGACUUUGGGAUUGUCCCCUGGGAGAAAGAUUCGAUACAGAGACUAAUGACUGAGCAAUCUUGCAUAUUGGCUCGGGUCACAGGACGCCAUCUUCAGGACGAGAAAUGGAGAGAAAUAUGUUCGCACAGACCAUGAGAAUGAGAAAUACAGUUUUUGUUUUCGUCUUGUCUUGUAAUCGGCCAUAUAUGCAAAGGGAUUCAAAUCAUAUAUAUACUAUAAGUAGUGAAUUUAGUGGACCUUUCUAUUGUCUGAGCUUACCUUUUAUGAUCUGUAAUACACUUUCAGAACAUGCAAAGCC